UUCUGAAGCAAACAGUAUGAAAGUCCGAAUCAUAGUUAAAAAACUGCAUAUUUUUUUCCCCCUUUAGACCUCUUCCUACAGUUGCUCGUUAUUUCGUGAUCUAUUAUAAAAGAAUUCAGAAAUGGCUACCUUAGCUGAUGAACUUGCCGCUGAUCUUGAUCUGCUUUCCGAUGAAGAAGAACAACAAGCGUCCGAUAUUGAUGAGGAACAACAAGCACUAGACGAUCUAAAUGAGAACAAGCAGGCCAAUGAUACUAUGGAGAUGGAGGAAGAGCACAGUAGCGUAAAUAAAAAGCUUUCAGAAGAUAAUCCAAAUAGUGUUAAAAAAGUUGCUAAACUUUUGUAUAGUAAACAAAUGCAAGAUACACUUCAGAAAAUUGAUAAAUACACUGAACAAAAUCGAACAGCUUCAGACGUGGUCGGUCCCAGUGAAGAAGAUGAGGAAUACAAAUUAGUAGUUCUAUCAAACAGUAUGACGGCUGAGAUCGAUGGAGAAGUUCAAAUUGUGCAUAAAUUCGUUCGUGAUCACUAUGCUGCGAAAUUCCCUGAACUCGAGACACUUGUGUACAACCCUAUAGAAUACGCGCUUACGGUAAAAGCAAUCGGCAACGAAACUGACAUAACCAAAGUAGAUCUUCGUUCGAUUUUGCCCUCUGCAACAGUAAUGGUAGUGACCGUUACAGGUACAACAACUGCCGGUAAAGAAUUGCCUGAAGAAGAAUGGAAGUUAACAGAGGAGGCAUGCGAUAUGAUACUCGACCUUGAAGCAGCUCGUAAAAAGAUUAUGACCUAUGUCGAAUCUCGUAUGACAGUCAUUGCUCCCAAUUUAUCUAAAGUUGUUGGGACAGCUACAGCCGCUCGUCUGUUGACAGCAGCAGGUGGUCUUACUGCGUUUUGUAAGAUACCUUCAUGUAAUGUCCAAGUUAUUGGUAACAAUAAAAAAACAAACACAGGGUUUUCCUCGGCACAGGUGGAUAGACAUGCUGGAUACGUGCUAUAUUCAGAGCCAGUAUUAACAGCACCCUCGGAUUUGAGGAAGAAAUUAGUAAAGAUUGUUUCUGCCAAAGCAGCAUUAGCAGCGCGUAUUGAUGCAAGUCAUCAAUCACCUGAUGGCUCGGCUGGUCGGAAAAUGAGAGAUGAAAUCGAUGCUAAGAUUGAAAAGUUACAAGAAGCACCGUCUUUAAAGGUUGUCAAAGCAUUACCUGUUCCUGAUGAAGGACCCAAGAAGAGAAGAGCUGGUAAACGUGUAAGAAGACAGAAAGAGGCUUAUGCAAUGACGGAAUUACGUGCGGCCAGAAAUAGAAUCGCAUUCGGGGAAGCUGAAGAAGAGGUAGGAUAUGGUGAUGAGACAGAAGGUUUGGGUAUGGCCACAAAACAGUAUGGUAAAAUCAGAGCUUCGGUGGCAGAUCAGCGUAAUAAAAUCAAAGGUCCUAAACUCAAGAGUUUCAGCAAUCGUGUUUCGGGCACAGCAACCUCUGGUUUGGCGUCUUCUUUAGCAUUUACGCCUGCACAGAGUAUGGAGUUGAUCGAUCCAACAGCCGCUUUAGAGCAGGCUAAGGAGAAGAAGAAAGAAAAGUAUUUUGGAGAUGGUGCAUUCUCUCUGUAUCCCAAACCAUAAAGCAGCCUUGCUAUAGUUUUACAAGGGAUAUGAUUUUUUUGAGAUUAAUAACACUAAACCAAUGUAUAUUUUAUGUUUAUCAAUUUUUUCGCUUAUCUCAACAUCCGCAAUCAUUACACUCCUUAAUAUACUGUAUCAAAACCCAUCGCUCUGAAUUUUUGCCCGUUAGAUACACAGUUGUGUUGUUCUUUAUCUUUUACGUUUAUGACUUCUGAAGUUGAACUGUGUAGUGACGGUAAAUAGUGUUACGGAUAACAUUUCCAAAUAACCAUUAGCGUUCAGAACAUA